GUUGAGAUUGAACCUUGUUGAAGUAAAUCUCGUUUUGAGCGAAACAGAACAAUACUACUUAAGCCAGGCUUGUUAUAUUUGAGAGAUCUGAUAGAGUUGUAGGGAGCCUAAUCUCAUGUGGAAAAUGGAGGUGACUUUCAACGUAAAUGAGCUUGAAGGAAUGAAACGCGGCGAACUUCAAAAGCUGUGUAAGAGCGUUGGAAUCAAAGCGAACAGCAAGAAUUCUCAGCUUAUCGAAGCACUUAGGGAGUAUGCAUCACAAAAUUCUGUGAAAGCAGAGAGUUCUUCUGUUUCACAAGAAAAGCAAAUUCAAAACACUUUGUGUGCGGAGGUUCAUGUCAAUGAGGUUGUUAACAAACCUGAGGCAGGAGACAAACAAAAAGAUGACAGCGACAGUGACAGUUAUAAGAAGCAACUCAUGGACCAGCUUGAUAAGAAAGUUGAGGAAAAAAUGCCAGUGGAAUGUAAGAUUCCCAGAUUUGUUCAGUUCUUAAAUAAAGAUUCAUCAGCAGUACAAACAAAUAAAACUCCGGAUGCUAAAUGGAACAAAAUUCACCAGUCACAGUUUGAAAAAAUGGACUCUAUUGAUAUCUAUUUGGAGAAAAAAAGAAAAAGAAUGGAAGGGUUUAAUCAGCCUCUCAAGAGAGCUAAGUCAACUGGAGCCACUAGAAAAAGUCAGGGCAAACCAGCUGAGGUUACUUUCAAGCCCACUGUAACAAGCCUCGACAAAUCAUCAACCUUUGUAUUUGGUUCUCCUGUAGCAAAGCCAUUCUUCCAACCUGGAAACAGGCAAACAAGAGUAACCAUAGCAACAGCAGCUGCUACAAGUGGCAAAAAACUCAAAUUGAAAUCACCCAAAAUUUUCAAGCCCAUCUUCUCGGGAACUGCUGACAAUGAGGGAAAGCCAAAGACGCCUGUAGCUCGUAAAUCCUUUGCUGCGACAACAACAACCGGGGAGAAAAGACCAAAGACACCAGCAAAUCCUGCUCGCAAAUCAAUGGCUGUUACGCCUUUCAGAUUUUUGCCAGCAAAUAUACCAGCUGCCCCAACUCCAACUCCAAAGAAAAAAUUUGAUCUGCAAGCUAGUCUGGCUAAACCAUUGCCAUACAAACCCCAUACUGGAAAACUUAAACCUAUUUCUUCAUACAAAGAGGAGUGCAAACCAACUAUCAGCGAAGCAAAAUUGAAAAGCCAUAAAAUUGAUGUGAAAAAUGUAAAAGUUGUGUCAAGGGAAGAACGUCGAAAGAGAGGCCUCAAAAACAGAGAAAACAAACGAGCAACCACCAUGAACAGACGAAGAGGACUUGCUUGUUAACAGCAGUAUACGAUCACUUCUGGUCAUCGUUUUGUACAGUGUAUUAUAAGUAAAAUAACACCCUGUUCUUAGUAAGCUUGAAAUCACAUUGAUGUCAGCUGUUAGUAUCAAAAACUCAGCUAGCUCUUCUCAUAAAAGGCCACAUAUAACUCUUAUCUUUGUAUAUCAAUUUAAAUGGCACACUCUUGAGUUUUUAUGGCAGCAAACCAUGUUGGUGUCCCGGAGCAACAAGGAAAAUAUUGUCAAAGAUACAGUGGAUCUCAUUUCCAAAAGAGACGAUAUUUUUAAAUAAUGAUAGUUUUAAUUUUAAAACCUUUUUUCAGUCCAGCCUCCUCCACAGACGCUGCCCUUGACUUGCAUUUAGCCUAAAUGUUGAUGAGAUAGUUCUUUGUAUGUUCUUGUUGUGAAACAAAUGUGUACAAGGUUGUAAAUAUCAGACAUCGGUGUGUGAUUAAAAAUUAAAGAAAAAGAAAUGGCAUCCGUUUGUGCUGAAUACGUCGCGAAUACUACGGGUGUCUACAAAACGAAGACCUAAGACCUACUACGAUUAUCAGUUGAGUAAGGUACGAAGGAAGUUUGGUUACGAAGUUUUGACCUUAAAAUUAUGAUGUUGUAACGGUCAACUUACCUCGUUUCCGUUGGUAACAAUAUCAACAGCCGUGCAUCGCCUGUCGCGUCGCCUACAAUUUCGCGCGCUUUGCUGCCAAUGACGUCAAAGGCCGACAAGUUGCCAAUGGAUACGGAGUCAGUUGCUUGUGACAACAACAGGAUUUUUUACGUUAAAACUUGGUGACCAAACUUUCGUCCCGCCUUACUCAACUGAUAAUCGUAGUAAGACCUAAGACCCAAAAAACGAAGACUUGUUUUUUUACAGGCCCAUCAAACCAGAGACAGUCAAACCGGGUCAACGCUUUUCUUCAGACACCAACUGACGCGAAAUCAAUGGGUCUUCGUUUUGUAGAUAAGGC